AUGACGACGGCGCUGAUGCUUAGAAGAGGCGGGUUGGGGAAACUGAGAGCAUUUGGAGGGAAUUUUGAUUCAGUGUCUUCGAUUCUCCGACGCCACGCCGCUGAAUUCUCGUCGGAACCGUCGUCGCCGUCAUCUUUGUCUUCCCGGCCGUUGUCUUGUGUGCUCGCCGCUGACGCACUGGUGACUGAUGAUUCGCUGUUGGACGCUGCAAAGGUGGAGCUGGAGCCCACUCUUCUGAGGCCUCGUGUGGUUGUUUACGACGGCGUUUGCCAUCUCUGCCACAAUGGGGUGAAGUGGGUGAUUGAAGCUGACAAGGACAAAAAGAUCAAUUUCUGUUGUCUACAAUCUAAAGCAGCCGAACCUUACUUGAACGUAGCCGGAGUUGAUAGAGGGGAUGUUCUACGCCGUUUCUUGUUUGUUGAAGGCCCUGGUGCUUACCACCAAGGCUCUGCUGCUGCACUGAGAGUCAUGUCCUACUUACCAUUCCCCUAUUACACAUUAAGCUCUCUCAUGAUUGUUCCCUCUCCAUUGAGAGAUGCUGUCUAUGACUACGUGGCAAAGCAUCGCUACAAGUGGUUUGGUAAGAGUUCUACUUGCUUAGUUAUCAAGGAGAAAGAGCUACUGGAACGUUUUGUAGAUUGGGAAGAACAUAUAGACAAGAGCGAAUCAGACUUUUGA